AGUAGUUUAUGUGACACCAAGACCUACAGCCAAUCGCUGAUCAGCCCAUCGCGGAGCUCAUAAUGAAGGUCAGACAGAGAACGAUAUGCCACACGUGCAGAUCCCGAAAGCUGGGUUGCGAUGGAAAACAGCCAGCUUGCACUCAAUGUUUGCUUCGCGGACAGCAAUGUGCAGGAUACAACUAUGACUUGAUUUUCGUCUCUCACGGCACAGCGCCCGCUAACCCUGCCAAGCGAGGAAAGCAACCGAUGUCUUGGAGACCUGUGAAAAACCAAUCAACUAGUGUGCUGGAUGCAGCACGCUUCGGACGGAUUAGUCCAGAUACUGAUUUCGCACUUUCGUCAAUUUCACUCAAGAAGUCGUCUUUGGAAGACCUUAUCAGGCUGGUUAUGGCAGAAUAUGUGCCGGAGAAUGAGCUCAUUGUCCUUCCUUCUGACUCCCUGGCAUCCCGGCCGCGAAUAUGCGGCUGCUGGGUGGAAGUGCUUCCUAGCAUGGCUGACAAGGGAGAUAAUGUCCUCGACUCGGCUAUACGAGCCUUCGGUCUAGCCCUCUCAAGCGGAAGCACUAGUUCAAGUAUUUCAGUUCCUCAGUGUUUCGAGGCUUAUAGUUCGGCCAUUCACCUCACGGCGAACAGGCUUCGCACCACUCAUCAUUCUUUCCCCGAUGACCUUGCGGCUGCUAUAAUGUGUUUGACGAUGGCAGAGCUCAUGUUGCCCUCGUCCGAAAACGGCUGGAAAGCGCACGCUAAAGGAGUGGGGGAGCUCAUUAAGCUUUGUGGCCCCGCAAUGUUUAUUUCGGGAGUUCCGCAUAAACUUUUCGUGGGAUUUAGGCCUCUUCUGGUUCUCGCAAGUUUUUCUUCUUGUGAGGCUACUUUUCUUGACCAGGAAGAAUGGAAGAGUAUACCAUUCUACCUCCAUCCUCAAGUACCAAUGCAGUCCCUUCUGAGCAUUGCUGUCGCAAUUCCGCCUAUCAUCAAAAAAGUUGAGAUAUUGACGAACUCUUCGCCGCCUAACGAUUCUUUCUCCAAGGCCUAUAAUGCAAGGUCGGCCUUCUGCGAUAUCGUGAGACGCUUUGAAGAAUGGGAACUAUUGCUCUCGCAGGAAACCGCUGGUCCUUUGUGUUCUCUGCUGGCAGCAUCCGAUAUGCAUGCCUCACAUGUUGGACAGAUUCCUAACCAUCGUAUCCGUCUUUGGUUUCCCAACAUAUCAGUGGCGAACGGCCUUACGCACCUCUGGGCCUUCCAAAUCAUCUGCUUUGUGCAAAUUAAAAAGCUCGAAUCGGCAUUCCCUACAUUGGCCCCUGGAAACGACUUACCAGAGAUCUUUACCCCGUCAAGCAUCCGACAGGAAAAAGAAGCAACAAACAUUGCAACCAAGAUUUGCCAAAGUGCGGAGUACCUCAUGCAGGACGACAUGAAAUUGUAUGGGCCGGCCUCUAUAACGUUUCCGCUCGAGACAGCACUUGAUUUCUUCAAAAACGACAGUCGUCAGCACGAAGAAAAAAUUGCGUGGUGUUAUAGGAUUUAUGAUCGCCUAGCGCAGAAGGGGCUAUACGUAGCUCCCUCGUUUUUCGAUUCUCAGGUCAGAUAUUUCAAGCAUUUUCCUAUUGCCAGUUAGACUACCUACGCUAUGGCAUAAAAGGACCAGUAACGCGAGAACGGAGUAUUUCCUCGGAUGGAUACAGAGAACGGACAUCUCUGCACCAGAAGUCAGCGGCAAUUUCCCG